AAUACAAUAUAACCUUUGAUUGGUUACUUAGAUGUAUUCCUCACAGCAGAUGAUUUGGUCUAAAAACAAUGACACAAAUGUCACAUUCUCACCAAGUUUAUUGGAACGUGUUUGGGGAUAUAUAGUGUACUCAUCAUUCGUCAUUGACCCUAUUCAUCAGAGUAAAUAAUCGUUCAUCUUUCUCUUGUUCUACAGACAUAAUUUCAAGUUUUUCGGUUCAGAUUCAGCACAAAACUCAGCAACUGUCUAUAGUAUAGUUCAGGUUCAGCACAAGAAAAGCAAAAAUGGGUUUUCUAGAGCUUUUGGAAGCGGCUUCUAUGCCGGUUAUUCAAGUUCUGCUUAUUAGUGCAUUGGGAGCUUUUAUGGCUACUCACUAUUUCAAUAAUCUUCUUUCAUCAGAUUUUAGAAAAUCCUUAAACAAGGUUGUGUUCUUUAUAUUCACCCCUUCACUCGUGUUUUCAAGUUUUGCCAAGAGUGUUUCACUUGAAGACAUGAUCUCAUGGUGGUUUAUGCCUGUUAAUGUUGGACUCACAUUCUUAAUUGGAGGAAUUUUAGGAUGGAUACUCGUGAAGUUACUAAAGCCUAAUUUGAAAGUCGAAGGUCUUAUUAUUGCUGCAUGUUCAUCGGGAAACGUAGGAAACCUACCUAUUGUGAUUAUCCCUGCAAUAUGUGAUGAGAAAGGAGGUCCAUUUGGUGCACGAGAUGUUUGCCACAGUCAUGCAUUCUCAUAUGCAUCUUUCUCUAUGGCACUUGGUGGUAUCUUCAUAUGGACCUAUACUUAUCAAACUAUAAGAAGCAGUUCAAUGAGAUUUAAGGCACUUACUGAGAUCGUAAAGGCACCAAACAAAGAUCAUGAAGGAAAUGCAGAUACUCCUCUUCUUAAGAGAAAAGACGAUGAAAACACAGCGAUAGAAGUGGCACCGUCGAGUUAUAUUGAAGACUCCGAAAGCCAAAUUAUUCAUGAACAAGAUCGGUAUAUUGUAUUGAAGAAGGAGAAUCAAUCAUUUCUCGCUAGAACGAUAGAAGUUCUAUGCGAUCUUGUAGCAGAGCUAACGUCACCACCAGGAAUCGCUAUAUUUUUCGGUUUCCUCUUUGGCGCGGUCGCAUGGUUAAGAAACCUAAUCAUUGGAGCCAAUGCUCCAUUGAGGGUAAUCCAAAACACACUUGUAUUACUUGGGGAUGGAACAAUCCCCUGCAUCACACUUUUACUUGGUGGAAACCUCACUCAAGGCUUGAAAUCGUCAAGUGUAAAACCAUCGACACUCAUCUGCAUCAUCGUAAUCCGGCUUUUCGUGCUACCUUUUAUUGGAUUAUUUAUUGUUAAAACCGCGGCAAAUUUUGGCCUUCUUCCGGUGGAUCCUUUGUUUCAGUACACUCUAGUGAUGCAAUAUGCAAUGCCACCAGCAAUGAAUAUUAGUACUAUGGCACAGCUGUUUGAUGUAGGAAAUGAAGAGUGUUCUGUUAUUCUGUUGUGGACAUAUAGUGCUGCAGCCAUAGCACUCACUGUUUGGUCAACCUUCCUCUUGUGGCUAUUAUCUUAUUAAUGUGCAUUCAGUUACCGAGUUCCGAUCUAAGAUCGGUUUGGUUUGGUUUGGUUUUCAUCAUAUGUUUGAUGUAAAUUACAAAAUGUUACAUUUGAGUUUGAGUUUUCUAUAAACAGUGAUGAAAAUAAUAAAAUUUAUUUUCAUUGUUUCAGUACAAAAGUUUGGCAAAUAGAACCUAAGAUGAAAAAAGAAUCACCUCUCCUGUGUGUAUAUAAGAUGAAAGUUUUGAAAGUUAUUCUAGUUAUAAUGAAAGUAUAAA